AUGACAUUCACGACGACACAGAUAAACGCCACUGGAGCGUCGAUAAUAUCGGGUCUGACAUUAAUAGCAGCUACAUACCUGUUUUACUCAUUGAUGAAGCAGGGGAAGGGGAAACUAAGAGUUAGACUAUUGAUAGGGAUGGUAGUUAGUGAUCUUAUUCUUGGAUCUGUGGCAUUACCGCUUGAAAUCAUGUAUUUGGCUGGUCAUGCGCAGCCAACAGGAUCUUCAGGAUGUAACGCUCAAGCUUUCAUCCUCACGUCCGUGCUAUUCAGUCAACAUCUGUGGACGUUGGCCAUUGCAUUUGCCACAUUCCUUCUUCUUACACAUCCUCUCUCAAGCCUGACUAGCGCCUUUGAGCGAUACUCUUGGUUGGUUGCUCCUAUCAUAUGGAUAAUAUCCAUCGUCCAUUCAGCCAUAUGGCAUGGUACAGUAGGAUGGGUUAAUAAUGGAAGUUUAUGUUAUUACGGUACCAAAUCGAAUGGUAUUGAUCGUGAUCUCAUACAAUUCAUUCCUCGAGCCAUCGUAUUCAUCGUAGUCAUCGUCCUAUAUUCUCGAUUAUUCCGAUUCCUCCGCCGUCCAGAUACGAUCCAGCUCUCUACGCAAUUUAUGGCCGGAACCCAGGCCGACGUGUCCCGUAACAACGGUGACGAGGAGAACCAUGCGGCCGGUGCCCACAAUGUAGGAGGACAUGGAUCCAAGUUGUUUAGACCCAUUUUCAAACUCGGCAGAGGAUCUUCAGGGACUAAAGAUCCAGUCAAUCCCGAAGCUCCAUGGGAAGCACUUGAAUUUGUCACUGUUGGUGGAGCAUUUGGAGGAAGAUUAACCAACAAUACACCUUUACAUACUAGUACGAUCGAUUUCACCCCUACAGUAGCAUCAGGUAUUUUAUUGGCUUCUAGACCCGUUUCACCGGAAUUGAUCUCUCCAGGUCAAGAGAUUAAAGAUCCGUUCGUAAAUUCCACCAACAUUAUAAAUAGUCGAUACCCUUCAACUUCAUCAGAAGCUUCAGGUCCAAGUUCAGAUUCGAAGAAAUCAGAUACCUAUACUGUCGUCACUCCCGAAUUGACUUAUCAACCCGAAGCUCCAAGCACAGUCGACUCAACUACCAACCUGGUUACUUCGGAUUUUCAUCCCAUACCCACAAUUCAGCGCCAUCAUGUACUAUCACCAGUGUUGUCGCAGGGAUCGAAGGCGGAUUUACACCGUGACGCUCAGGAAGAUCGUCUAGGUGUAUAUGACGAUUCGACAUUGGAUGGUGGACUUGGUCCAGCAGGGUCAAUAGGUAGAAGAAGAUCUUCGUUAGUUGAAUUUGAUGCUGGUCUAGGACAGAUUGGUGAAGACAGAAGACCAAGUGGUCAAACGUUGAAAGAGUUUUUCCAAGAAUAUCAAGUUGGCGGAUUAGAUGAUAUUCAGGAGAAUAGGGGUAGAGGUACAGCCUCAGGUUCGAAAUCUGGUGGAAUAGGACAGCCGAUGUCCGCUUCUGCUUAUUUCAAUAGACAAGCUAGUUUGUUGAUGCUUUAUUUCCCUCUUGCUUAUAUGUUGGUCUUUUCAGUUUCAUUAGUUAGAUUAGUUUAUGAUAUGGUACAUGGUCAACCGACACCAGUCUUAAGUCUAAUAUCAGCAUGGUUGGUCUUAUCGGUUGGCCUGAUAGAUGGAGCGGUAUAUGGAAUCGCAGAGUUAAUGGUAAAAGCCAAAGUACGGCGUAAGAUGCCUGAACAUAUGCAGACGUAG